AUGCAAAACUUCGCCAAUUUGGACUGUGACACCGUAGCAAAGGUAUGUAGAAAUACAAACGAAGGUGCAUGCAAAAGAUUUAAUGAUUUUGAUACAAAAGUGAUCAAAAGGAAAUGGUCACAUGAGCUCAUCAGACACAUUAUCACGGAAAAAACACGUUUUUACGAACGGGUUAAGGAGUGCAUGUCGUGUAGGAAGAAGGAUAAGAGUCUAUGUGAAAAGGGAGGAGAGUCUGGCUUGCAUUAUUCGUACGUGCUGACCAUAUUUGGUUUGAUAUUGCUGGUGAUCGGUGUAGUUUUUGUGAUUAGUCUUUAUUUCGUUAACAGCAGAAAAACUGAACGCACGAAAGUGUUGGGAAAGCGGGGUGAUGAUGUUGAGAGAGGAGGAGGUAACAAAAGGAGAGCAAAGAAGAAAGGGCUGUGUAGGCGAUUGGGGCUACUUUGAGGUUACUAACGUGUCAAUGGAUAUGACGCGAGGAACAUGGCGCAUCGCUGGUGGAGGAAUGGUAGUAAAUAAAGGAAC